UUAAUUGCAAGUUUAUUCCUGUAUCAUAUUUAAAAGGCCAUUGCACAUACGAUAUAACUGAAUUGAUGAGACAUAUAUCAAAAUUCAAACUCCUUGAAGAGAGUUUUGGGGUCUCUAGAUAUUCUCUUAUGGGUUGCUAUUAUAUUCAGCAAGAAUUCACCGAUAUGUUUUUGUACUAUAAUAUUGGUCCGCUAUUAUGACCUAUUUCUUUGCAAAACAUAAGUAAUUGAAAGGUGCAGUUAAAUAUUCACAUGACCCAUGAGCUAUUGAUUUUAGUUCUGCUUUUGCUAGGAUGAGAUGAGGAUUAUAUAAGCUUUUUUAUAUGAAGGAUUGUUUUUGUCAACUUGCUUUUCUAUCUGGUGGAGGCACAAGGCCUAGGAUUCAUUAUAAAAAGAAAAAAAACUAUGUAGCUGCUGCCAAUCAUUACAUGGAGGUAGAUGAUUGUUUACACUUCACAUCAUAAAAAUGUUGUGGAAUAGAUAUCAAUCUCAAUUGAAAAGGAAGGAAUGUAGGGACAUGGGGGCAAGGGAAGUAGAGGAACAAAUUGUAGAGAAACCUUAGCAGCCUAUAUGGAGCUGUCCUUGAAUUCAAUCGUUGGGCUAGCAGGUCAUAAAACAAUGAAGUUAUUGUGAAAUGUGAUGGACCCAUAGCUAUUGGACUAUGAUGGGUAAGAAUGUUCUGGACUGACAGAAAUUAGAGAGGUGUAGGGAAAGAUGAGGGAAGAACAGUGAAGGUAGCUAGAAGCAGAGAGGAAUGAGGGAGAUUUAGGAGAAGAGAUUGAGAGAAUUUGAGGGACAUAAGGAGUAUUCUUUUAUUGGUCACCGAAGAUAAGAUUACAUCUCAAAUGCUUCAGGAUAUAUAGGCUUUAAGUCAUUCCCUCCUAAUGGCUAUUUUUUAACUAACCAACUGUUUAAAUGAAACACACAUGAAACAUGCAUCAACCCCUAAAAUUAUAACUAAUCAUGUCAUAAUUAUAAAUCUAUAACAGACUAUGAGCGUUCAAGGCUUAUGAAAGAAAGGAUAGCACAAGAGUGACAAGGGGGCCAAGUUGGGUUUAACUGCUGAUGAGGAGGCUAGGGGGAAAAAGAAGGAGAACAGGUUGUUGUUACUAACCAAUCAUACAUAGAAUGCUGUGUAGGUGACAGAUUAGUGAUUAGACAACCUCUGAAUUCUAUAUGUGUUGAUCCAGUGAUAUAUGAUUUAUAAUUUCAUACGUUAGUUGAGGAGAGUGUGGCUGUAUAUCAAGGAGGGAGGAGUGGCUCUUUUUUCUCCGUUCAUUUUUGGUAUUUCAUAAAUCAGUACUUCUCUUUUAUCAUCUUGGUUCAUUUCCAGCUGAAAAUAUAGUAGCCUCAAGCCCUCAACCAAUAGAUUUUUGUAGUUGCUUCAGACUUAAACUAAGUCACAGCUGGGACAGGAUGUCUUAUUUUUAUUUCUAUACAUCAAAUAGCAUGUGUGAUUUCAAUUUGAUAUCUAUUCCUCUUGCUUUUUCUCAUUAAGUAGAGAGGUUGGAAGAGGGAAGUUUGACAAAGUAAGCUGUGCUCAGGUUUAUCAAUUACUUAAUUGCAUUUUGUUCCUGUAUUAUAUUUAAAUAAAUAGUCACUGAACAUUUUAUAAGCAUGAUUAGAAGGGAGACAUAUUUCAAAAUUCAAAUUGCUUUAAUAAGGUUUUAGAGUCUCUAGCAAAGAUUCUCUAAUAAAUUGCUCUGUUACCCCGCUUGAACUUACAGAUACGUUAUUGUAAAAUGAUAUUGGUUUUGUGUUGGGAAUUCAAAGCUGAAAUUAAUUAUUUAUGUGACACGCAAACUGAACUUUUUAUUUUAGUUCUCCAUUACCAGGAUUGGAUUACAUAUUGUAUAAUCAUGUAAGUUCUGAUGCUUUGAAUAAGAAAAUUAAUUCAACUUGCUUUUCUAGCUAGUGAAGACACAAGGUUUAGGGUUCAUAGAAAAUGGCAUAGCAGCUCUAUCAAUCUGAUGUGUAGUUGUAGAAAGAAAGAGAGAAAGAGAGGGGAAAAAGAGAGAAGAAACUGAGAAAUGGAAACCGAAUAUGAAUUCAAUAAUCUCAAGUCUGAAAGAUAAGUACAAUAUUGCCUCUUAUUUAUAGGUAUAAGAUCUAUCCUAAUCCUAUUCAAACUCUACUAAUAUAAUAAUAUAAUUAAAUAUCAAACUUUAUCUAACCCUAUCAUAAAUCAUAAAUCUCAUCUAAAUCCAAAUAUUCUAAAAUAAAUAGAUAUCCUAAUCUUGUCAAAUAAUAAAUCAUAUCUAAAUCUAUUUAAAUAAUCUAAAAUAAUCUAAAUCUAUUUAAAUCCUAACUAAUUAUUAAUUACAUAACAAUCCCCCCCCACCCCUUCAAAAAACCUUGACCUCAAGGGUCUGAAUGCUGAAAGAAGGAUGCUGUUUCUGCAAUAUCCCAUUGGCUUCUUGAUCCAGAAGACCCUUUCAGUGCUCCAAGACUUCCCUAAACUUCUGACAUCUGCCUAGUAUCAUUUGCGAUCACUUUGCCAGGGUCAAGAUGAAGUUCAAUGAGUUGCAAUUGCAUUUUCUGCUUCUGAGGACAGCUGUGACCUUUGAAGAACGGCUGAUGGCAAUAAAAACAGAGGUUCUUGGCUCAAAACUCAUCAACUUCUUAGAGGCUCAAUCGUUUGGUGAUUUUCAGAUUAGGUUUUGGAGAGGACCCUUUGGACAAAGGAACAGAGGAAACUGAACCAUAUUUUGAAGAAGAAUGAAAGUCAGGAGAAUGGACAUUUGUACCUUCACUCUAGUCAUUGUGGGUUUUGCUAAAAAGAGCCAAAUUUGACACCUUCUGCAACGUGCUCGCCUCAUUAACCUUCUGAAUAUGGAUAUCAUGCAGUUUCACAAUGGCUCGAGCUUCUUGGAGGGUGGAUGGCUUCAAGAUCCGAACUUGGCCUGCGAAUUCCUCUUCUAAUCUUGAGAUAUAUGACUGAACAAAGUAGUCCUCUGCCAAUUGGAGUUUGUAAAUAAUUGCAUUGAGGGCAUUGUUAUGAGCAUCUAUUGAGCCUAACUGGCGCAACUUCAUUAAAUCACCCAUUGGGGUUUCGAAUGGUGGCCCAAAACGUGUCUUUGAGGCUUCAAUGUAACCAGCCAAUGUGGUUGCACCCCCUUUAGUUGUUUGCUCCCACGGUUGGUGCCAUUGAAAAGCCCCUUCAUCAAGAUGUAGGCUUGCCAUGGUAAUCUUCCACUCCUUUGGGGUCUCAUCAAGUUGAAAAUACCUUUUGCAAUUGACAAUCCAGCCCACGACAUCCACACGCUGAAAAUGAUGGGACUCCAUUCUUGUAAAUCAUGUGGGAGGGUUUCAGGAAGGUCGAUCCAGAUCGGUGGGAAUUUGCAAAUGAGGGCUUUUUGAGGGGUCAGAAGCACUUGCUUAAGAGUAUAACCCGGCGAAAACCUGCCCAUGGUCAUGGUCAUGGUCAUCAACAGGCACAACAAUCUCAUGGGCAGAGUUCAUCUGUAGGGCCAUGUGUAGAGGUUGGGAAGUUUGGUCUAGAGGAAGAGGUUGAAAUGCUCAAAAGAGAUAAGAAUGUGCUCAUGCAGGAGCUUGUGAGGUUGAGACAGCAGCAACAGGCCACUGAUAACCAGAUGCAACAAAUGGUUCAGCGCGUUCAGGGAAUGGAACAACGUCAGCAGCAAAUGAUGUCAUUCCUUGCAAAGGCUGUCCAGAGCCCUGGCUUCUUGACUCAGUUUGUACAACAGCAAAACGAGAGCAAUAGGCGUAUAACUGAAGCCAGCAAAAAACGACGGCUUAAGCGGGAAGGUAUUGCUGAAACAGAGUGUGCUACUGCUUCUGAUGGACAAAUUGUUAAGUAUCAACCUUUGAUGAAUGAAGCUGCUAAAGCAAUGCUAAGGCAGAUCAUGAAAUUGGAUACCCCUUGGCUAGAAUCUUUCAAUAAUAACUCAGAUAAUUAUUUGAUUGGCGAUGGCUCAACAUCGUCAGGGGCAAUGGACAGUGGCAGUACUUCAAACCGUAGCUGUGGAGUAACCCUUCAAGAGGUCCCCCCACCUUCAGUGAAUGCUCCCUCAGCUGGAAAAUCUGAAAAGCAAUCUUCUCUAGAGUCUGCAGCUUCUGGAAAAGUUACGGCUGCUCAAUAUCCUGAUGUAAAUGUGCUAGUUGGUGCAUCUGAGAAACCUUCUGACCCUAUUUCUGAGGUGGAUAUCAUGCCUGAGCUUUCUCCAAUACACGAGAUGGUGACGGGAACUAUUCUUGAUAUUCCUGAAGAGAAUUAUAUUGGACCUGAAACAGGAAAUGAGGGAUUCAUGGAUCCUAAUUUGUUGGGGGUAAACGGGUCGAUGCCCAUUGAUAUUGGUAGUAUUUCACCUGAUACAGACAUUGAUGACUUGCUACGAAACUCUUCUUUUUGGGAUGACUUGGUGCAAAGUCCACUGCCCGAGGAUAUUGAGAUUGAUGCUGCUGAAGUGUCCAAGGGAAAUGAGGGGCAGCCAGUGGAAAAUGGAUGGGACAAAGCGGAACAUAUGGAUCAACUUACAGAGCAGAUGGGUCUUCUUUCUUCUGAAACAAAGAGAGUUUGAUUGGCCACCUAUUAAAUGUAGAAUAAUCUGUCAUGUUUUUCAAGGUAUCCCCUGGCUCAAACAACACAGAACUGAUGUCUAAUGUAUAACUUUUUAACAAAAGGAAAAGAUGUCUAAAAUAUAAUCGUAUCGCGGUUCGCGCAUUGGAAAAGCAGCUAAUGAUUUGUCUUUGGUCUUUUUGGGUCUAGUUUGUGCAUACGAGACCCUAGUCUAAUUUUCUUGUUUAGAUUUACAUACGUAUAUCUUUUGACUUCAUGUUGAAUCUAUAAGUUAUGAUCUCAUGGUAGCAUCAGAUGCUGUAAG